CCAAUCAACAAACACAAACAGAAGCUCUCUCUCUCCUCUAUCUCACCCGGAAUCACAGAACAAGGGGUAAGAAGGAAAGAUGGGUUCUUUUCCAAAAUCCCUAAAUUCUGAAAUAUGGGUCUCGAUCCUCUGCCUUGUCGUAGUUGCGUUCCUCCUCCCCCUCCCCGCCAGCGGAACUCCGUCGUCCAGCAUCUACGACCACCUGCGGAAACAGGGCCUGCCGAUUGGUCUCCUCCCCAAGGGCAUCACCGACUAUUCUCUCAACGCCACCACCGGAGAAUUCCGAGUGUUGCUGGAGCAGCCCUGUCACGCCAAGUUCGAGAACCAGGUGCUCUACGAUUUUAACGUUUCCGGCUUUCUGUCUUUCGGCCGAAUCGCCAACUUAUCGGGCGUGUCGGCUCAGGAGCUCUUCCUCUGGUUUCCGGUCAAGGGGAUCAGAGUCGAUGUGCCCAGCUCCGGCCUCAUUUAUUUCGAUGUCGGCGUCGUUGACAAGCAGUUUUCUCUCUCCCUCUUCGAAUCGCCGCCUGAUUGCACCGCCGUUGACCCUUCUGAUCCCAACUUCAAUCCUGCCGCGUUCGAGAAUGAAUCACUGAAUCUUGGGUAUCGAGUUGGUCGGAAAAGUGAGCUGAGGGCCGAUUCAUAGGUUGUGCAGGCAGAGAUAUGAUUGAAGUUAACUCAAUCAACUUGGGGGACUUUAUAAGCUCUUGUUGGGUCUUCUUUUCUCUGAAGUGGAUGUCAAAGGUUCUAGUUUGGCAGGUCCUAAGCUUUAUGUAUGUGUGCUUGGUUGCUUGCUAUGCUGUAUGUAUGUACAUGUUGGCCUGAAACUUGUGUCUUUGUGGGGAAAAUUAGAACAAUUUUGGUAAAGACGAGAGAGAGUAUGGAAGAGAAAAUGAAGUUUAAAGGAUCUAUACAUUUAGUAGGGUGAGACAGGGAGGGAUGGGAUCGGGUGGUUGGUUUUGGGUGACUAGUUUUCUUGAAAUUUAUGUCAAUUGUUAUAUCAUUUUAAGUUUACAUAUUAUAGAUACAAUGGCAUGAGUUGUGUAUUGAGUUUCUUUUGUGAUAAUAUAUGUUGAGGUUUUUAGUUCUU